GGGAUGUUAAUGUUUCAUGGCACAUAGGUCUGAAGUGCACAUAGGUCUUUGAUGGUUCUUCAGAGAGAUGUUGUGGAAUCCCUGACAUUUGAUGAUGUGGCUGUGGACUUCACCUGGGAGGAGUGGCAGCUCUUGGCCCCCGCUCAGAAGGACUUGUACCGGGACAUGAUGUUGGAAAAUUAUAGGAACCUGGUGUCAGUGGGGUAUCAAGCCAGCAAACCAGAUGCACUCUCCAAGUUGGAACAAGGAGAAGAACUUUGGAUGAUAGAAGAUGAAAUCCACAGCCGAAUCUGCCCAGAAAUCAGGAAAGUUGAUGAUCCUCUGCAGUGUCACUUGCAAAAUCGAAGCAUUCAGAAGAGUGUGGAACAAUGCUGUGAACAUAAUACAUUUGCAAAUAUUCUUAAUCAGAGUGAAAGUCAUUUCCUGUUAAAGCAAAAUUAUGAUAUGUUUGACUUAUUUGAAAAACCUUUAAAAUCAAAUUUAAGUUUUGAAAGCCAGAGUAAAAACUGUAACGCAAAGAACUCUACUGAGUUUAAUGAAGAUGGGAAAUCCCUUCUGCAUACUAAUCAUGAACAAUUUUAUAGUGUAAUAAAAUUUCCUGUAAGUGUAAAACCCACCAGCAAUAAUUCCCAGGUCAUUAAGCAGCAGAGAACUCCAAACAUGCGGAAAGCCCAUGUAUGCUGUGAAUGUAGGAAAGUCUUUGUCAAGGUGUCUCAGCUCAUUGAUCAUCAGAGAGUUCAUACUAGAGAGAAACCUCAUGGAUGCAGUCUGUGUGGGAAGGCAUUCUCUAGAAAAUCCAGGCUAACUGAACAUCAUCGAACUCAUACUGGUGAGAAACCUUUUAUAUGCAAUGAGUGUGGGAAAGGUUUCACCUUGAAGAACAGUCUUAUCACACAUCAGCAAACUCAUACAGAACAGAAAUUGUAUACAUGCAGUGAAUGUGGAAAAGGCUUUUCAUUGAAGCACUGUCUCAUCGUACAUCAGCGAACUCAUACAGGAGAGAAACCCUACACAUGCAAUGAGUGUGGAAAAGCCUUCACCUUGAAGAGUCCUCUUAUCAGACAUCAGCGAACCCAUACAGGAGAGAAACCCUAUGUAUGUAGUGUAUGUGGAAAAGGCUUUACCAUGAAGAGUGAUCUCAUUGUACAUCAGCGAACUCAUACUGCAGAGAAGCCAUAUAUAUGCAAUGAUUGUGGGAAAGGCUUCACUGUGAAGAGCCGUCUGAUUGUACAUCAACGCACUCAUACAGGAGAGAAACCUUAUGUAUGCAGUGAAUGUGGAAAAGGCUUUCCAGCAAAAAUACGGCUGAUUGGACAUCAGCGAACUCAUACCGGAGAGAAGCCCUAUAUAUGCAGUGAAUGUGGAAAAGGCUUCACAGAGAAGAGUCAUCUCAAUGUACAUAGGCGCACUCAUACAGGAGAGAAACCCUAUAUAUGUAACGAAUGUGGCAAAGCCUUCAGGAAGAAGACCUGCCUCAUACAACAUCAGAGAUUUCACACAGGAAAAACUUCCUUUGCAUGUACUGAAUGUGGAAAAUUUUCUUUGCGUAAAAAUGAUCUCAUUACCCAUCAGAGAAUUCACACAGGAGAGAAACCGUAUGAAUGCAGUGAAUGUGGGAAAGCCUUCACUACAAAGUCAGGGCUCAAUGUUCAUCAAAGAAAACAUACAGGAGAGAGGCCCUAUGGAUGCAGUGAUUGUGGGAAAACUUUUGCCCACUUGUCAAUCCUUGUUAAACAUAAGAGAAUUCACAGAUAGUCACUUUGGGAUAACCUGUUGCCGUUGUAGUCCCUCAAGAUAAUAGUAUGUA